AUGCCUUUCUGGCGCUCUGAGCCUCAGCCUGCGGAGCCGGAAAGCGACGCCAAGUCAGUCGCCGAAUCUGAACCCAAGAACGAUCCCGUGGCAUCCGCGUCCCAAGCCGCCGGUACCGCCUGGUUGGCCGGUCAUCUGAACCACCUCACUGAGGACCAGGAGAAGAAGCUGGAGGAGUUCAAGAAAUUAUGCGAGAAGGAAGGUUACUACAAGCCCGAGAUCGACGGCCAGAGGCCCUCGCACGAUGAUGCGACAAUGCUGCGUUUCUUGCGCGCGCGCAAGUUCGAUAUCAAUGGCGCAUGGGGCCAGUUCAAGGAUACGGAGGAUUGGCGCAAGGAGAACGCUAUCGAAGAACUGUACGAGAAUAUCGAGGUGGAGUCUUACGACGCCGCUCGGAGGAUGUACCCCCAAUGGACGGGCCGCCGAGACCGCCGCGGUAUCCCCGUCUAUGUGUUUGAGAUCAAACACCUGAACAGCAAGAACAUGGCGGCUUACAACUCCACCAUGUCCGAUUCCGCCGCCACCGCGGAAACGCACCAGUCGUCCAAGGUCCCGCAGCGCCUGCUCCGCCUUUUCGCCCUCUAUGAGAACCUCCUCAACUUCGUCAUGCCCCUGUGCUCCCUUCUGUCUCGCCCCAAUCCCGAGACCCCCAUUGUCACCUCCACAAACAUCGUCGACGUUAGCGGCGUCGGCCUGAAGCAGUUUUGGAACCUGAAGGGUCACAUGCAGGACGCCAGUGUCCUGGCUACCGCUCAUUACCCAGAGACCCUGGAUCGCAUUUUCAUCAUCGGCGCACCGGCGUUCUUUCCUACGGUGUGGGGAUGGAUCAAGCGCUGGUUCGACCCUGUCACCACCUCGAAGAUCUUCAUCCUCUCCGCCGCAGAGGUGAAGCCCACCCUGACCUCGUUCAUGGAUCCGUCCAGCAUUCCCAAGCAGUACGGCGGCGACCUCGACUGGAAAUGGGGUGACAUGCCCUUUCUGGACGACGAGGCGCGCAAAUUUGUAGGCGCCCUGGAGACUCCACCAGCGGAGGGUGAGACUCGUCCGAGCUUCACCAAGGGUCCGGUCCUGUUCAAGGGCGACAGGAUCGAGAUCCUCGGCAAGGUCAACGGCGAAAGCAGGAAGAAAAGCAUCCCCGUUCCUGCCGUAGGGGAGACCUCUCCUAACGCCGCCGAGGCCACACCUGAGGCCGCGGCUGAGACGGGCUCGUCUUCAGAGGGAACCAUGCCCGCUGAGAACGAGAAACUUGAGUUGAACGCUGAGAAGGUAGCCAAUGGAGACUCUGCUCCUCAGCAACAGCAGUCUGUGUCUGCUUAG